GGCCGAGCCGCCGCCGGGGCUGACGCUGCGCUUCCAGCGCCGGUUCCUGGCGGUGCGGCCGCUCCGCUCGCUGCCCUGGCCGGAACUCGAACAAAGCCUGCGGACCACACCGGACUCCGCCCUGCUGGCGGAUAUUCUGCACAAGGUGAGGGACAGCUCGGAGUCACCCCCGUGCCACCUGCGGAUGGUGCCAGCCCUUGUCCUAAAGCCGCCGGAAUGGCUCAGAAAUACGGAGAUCGACAAUUCUUCACCCUCUGUGUGUGAAAUAUCCCCCUUCGGCCAAGUACAGGAGGUGCUUCCUCACUGAGCUCAUCAAAAAGGUACCUCUUGCUUUUCGGCUUAUUUUCCACUUGUUUUUCUUUUUUUUUUUUUUUUUCCCCUUGAAAAUAUCUCAUGUAAUAGCCAACCACAACAUUCAGUGUAAAUACACUGUACUAGAACAGGGCUUGGAGUGCAAUUGUUUUCUGUUUCAUGACAACAUCAUGCUCAAAGCUGCCCUGUUCUCCUCCCCACAGCUUGAAUCCACAGCAGCUGAACCCCUCGAUGAACUAUAUGAGGCACUGGCAGAUGUUUUAAAAGAAGAAGAAUCUACUCAGUGUUACAAAAACUACUUACUGCCCACAGGGGACUGUGUGAGCCUGUCUGAGAGCACAGCGCUGAUCUCCGGAGGCACCACGGGGCUCGUCACCUGGGAGGCUGCUCUGCUGCUGGCCCAGUGGGCACUGCAGAACCCUGCUGUGUUCAGGGACAGGACAGUCCUGGAAUUAGGGAGUGGGAUUGGUUUCACUGGAAUUGCCAUCUGCAAGACCUGCCAACCCAGGACAUUCAUAUUUAGUGACUGCCACCCCCGUGUUCUCAGACAGCUGGGAGAAAACAUCAAGCUAAAUGGCUUCAUCCCAGAGCCUGACGUGACCUGGAGCAUCCAAACAGAGUCCCAAGGACAGGAGGUGGAAGGAGAGAACUGCCAAAAACCAAAAGUGAUUGUUGCUGAGCUUGACUGGGGCUCAGUGACAGAAGAACAGCUGCUGGGUCUCGGAGCUGACGUUGUCAUUGCAGCAGAUGUGGUGUAUGAUCCUGAGAUAAUUUUAGCCCUCAUUGGGUUGCUACAGAAGCUCUCCACCUGCAGAGCAGACAGGAGAGCUCCUGAGGUGUUCAUUGCCUCCACAGUCCGGAAUCCAGACACGUACCAGCUGUUCCAGGCUGAGCUGGAUAAAGCUGGGAUCAGGUGGCAGACUAUUCCAGCCCACAGCAGCUGUAAUUUUCUCUAUGAUGUGCAGCCAGACGUAACUGUUCUACAAAUAUUUGUAUAGGCUUGGCUUGGCAAACAGAACUGGAAUUUUGAGACCAACAGGAGCUGUCUCAGCCUUUUAAGAUUGUCCUGAAUUCUGGAAACGAGGCUCUGAGGAUGCAACUGUACACAUGGACACCUGGAGUCCUUCCUUCCUGUAAUUCCCAGAAUGGAUCCAAGCCUGCUACUGCCCCUGGGAAGUGACUGAACCUCAGGCAACAGAAACCAAAAAGCCCCAAUCACACUUCACUUGGAUUCUGUAGAAGACAACAGAAUUCAAGUGGGGUUCUUUUUUCCCAACUGUGAUUUUUAAGUACUGGGAGCAACCUGAAGGAUCACAGGAUGAGGAUCUCACACAGGCAACAGAGCAAAACAAUGUUUCAAAGUAAUCAAUGGGUGUUGAUACUAAAAGCAGCUGUAGUAGUCUACUCUGGUCUUUUAGGUCUGUAUAUACUUGCAGUUUGGGUUAGUUUAAAAACCCCCAAUGAAACAGUGACCAAUACCUGUAGUUGUGUCCCAGGAUGCCUCUGCUGUAAAUCAGGUGCAUCUUUACUCUGCAAUGAUGACAAGUCAGAGUUGAUGUCCCUUUCCCUCACAUAAGGACUGCCACUUCCACAGUGGCUGCUGGGAAUGUGUCCCCUCAGGCAGGGCUGGGCAUGAAAAAGGAAUCACUCUGCAUGGCAGUGCUCCAGGUAUCCUGCAAAGAGCAAGGACUGAGCUCCCCUGCUCUGAAACUUCCCAUCAUCCAUUAAUCAUUCUCCUGUCGGGCAGCACUGGUCCUGAAGCAGAAAAAUCAAAGUGCUGCUCAUUCUUCUCUUUUGACUUAAUUUUCUCUAUUAAAAACUACUUGAAAUGA